UCCAAAUCAACACAACUGUACUCCGAUCUCCAACAGGACGCCACCCUCCAACAGUCAAUCGCUCUAUCCAUCUGUUUCCUUCCCCUUUUUUAACCUUUGAUCAUUGGGUUCUAGAAGCAUCCAUAAUUCGCUCUAAAAUCCUUCCAUGGCCACCGUCUCAGCUUAUCCAACCCCUAGCCCUAACCCUAAUUACCGUUCCCCGACAGACCAAACCGAGAACGACCCCGUCUCCGUCCCUCAAAUGGACCUUCACCCUUCUUCUGAACCCAACCCUGUCUACACUCCGAACUCCAAUCAUAAUUUCAACACCACAACCGACGUGGUUGCUCCUGCUGCGCUGCCGCCCUCUAUUUUCCGUAUCUCUUUCAACCAGGACCACGGUUGCUUCGCCGCCGGCAUUGACCAUGGCUUCCGUAUCUACAAUUGCGAUCCUUUCCGAGAAAUUUUUCGCCGAGAUUUCGACCGCGAGGGCGGUAUUGGAGUUGUAGAGAUGCUUUUUCGGUGCAAUAUAUUGGCUCUCGUUGGCGGUGGACCCGACCCGCAAUACCCGCCUAAUAAGGUUAUGAUCUGGGACGACCAUCAGAGCCGGUGCAUCGGGGAGCUUUCGUUCCGUUCUGAAGUGAGAUCGGUUCGGCUUCGGAGGGAUCGAAUCGUAGUAGUUUUGGAACAAAAGAUUUUCGUUUACAAUUUUACUGAUUUGAAGCUGUUGCACCAGAUUGAGACUAUCGCGAAUCCAAAGGGACUCUGCGCUGUGUCUCAGGGGGCCGGGUCAUUGGUUCUGGUUUGUCCUGGAUUGCAGAAGGGGCAAGUUAGGGUUGAGCAUUAUGCCUCGAAGAGGACUAAGUUUAUUAUGGCUCAUGACUCCAGAAUUGCGUGCUUUGUACUCUCGCAGGAUGGGCAGUUCCUUGCUACCGCUAGCACGAAAGGGACGCUGGUUCGAGUUUUUAAUACUGUUAAUGGUAGUUUGCUACAAGAGGUAAGGAGGGGUGCAGAUAGAGCUGAAAUUUAUAGUUUGGCGUUUUCUUCUAAUGCCCAAUGGCUAGCAGUUUCAAGUGACAAGGGCACAGUCCAUGUUUUCAGCCUUAAGAGUAAUGGUGGAUCUCCAGGUGUUGACAGGUCACCAAGGGCAUCUGAAGCUGUUACUUCACCACAUUCCUCUCUUUCUUUUAUCAAAGGUGUGUUACCCAAGUACUUUAGCUCGGAGUGGUCAGUGGCCCAGUUCCGCCUUGUUGAAGGUUCUCAGUACAUUGUUGCUUUUGGUCACCAAAAGAAUACAGUGGUAAUUCUUGGUAUGGAUGGAAGCUUCUACCGAUGCCAAUUUGACCCGGUGAAUGGUGGGGAAAUGACGCAGCUGGAAUAUCACAACUUUAUGAAACCAGAGGCAGCUUUUUGAUGUUUAUGUAUUCAGUUCUCUAUAUCUUGGGCAUCUAAGACUAAAUUUAUUGUAUCUUUAUCCCAUCAUGCAUUUUGUAAUUUGUAAAUAUUCGAAACUAUAGCUCUUUAAAGUUCUCCAUAACCCC